AUGGCAUCACCAACAUCCGCAAUGGUUCCGAACGAUAAUACCACCAGCGAAACAGACCGAUUUGCGCACAUUCCUACACAUCGGUACAUUAAGUUCUUUCCUGAUAGGAACAAACUUACGGUAACUUUGAACUUUAUGUCACAUGGCCCCCACCCAAGUGAGGAAACUUUAGACCAUUUACUGGAAAUGAUCAACAUACUCCCCCUAUAUGCCAGAGAAACCAACAUAUUGUACUUGAGCAUAUUCUUCAGACCCCGUGAUAAGGACGAUCUUCGUUUGACUCCGGCUAGACAUUUGGUGAUUGGCCGUGUCGUGGAAGAGAUAAACGAAUUCCCCUACUUGACAAAAUUCAGAGUUUGUCUACGUGUUGAUCGCUUUCACUGGGAUCAGGUGGCUGACCUCGCAUCCGCUCUUUACGGAAUUCGUACACUGCCUUCUCGUCGCGCUUUCAAUGUUGGGCAAUCUGAGCUUGCUUUUUUGGAAAAUGGAUGCCGAGGUAGAUAUAUCUUGCCGGGCUCUUCUCUUGAUAGAGAUCUUCGAUCAAGGUUCCGUCACUGA